AUGGCCCGAAGGGCUCUCAAGCUUGCUUCGUGGACCGGCAUGGCUCUUGCUGCCUCUGGCUUCUUCCUCUACAGCAACAAGUACUUGGAUCCUAAUGACUUUGGUGCUGUCAGGGUGGGCAGAGCAGUUGCAACGACAGCUGUCAUCAGUUAUGACUAUCUCACCUCUUUGAGGAGUGUCCCCUAUGGUUCAGAGGAGUAUUUGCAGCUUCUAUCCAAGGUGCACCUCCGUUCUGCCAGGCGUCUCUGUGAGCUCUGCUGUGCCAACCGGGGCACUUUCAUCAAGGUGGGCCAGCACCUGGGCGCUCUGGACUACCUGCUGCCUGAGGAGUAUACCAGCACACUGAAGGUGCUGCACAGCCAGGCUCCACAGAGCAGCAUGCAAGAGGUCCGCCGGGUCAUCCGUGAGGACCUGGGCAAAGAGAUCCAUGAUUUGUUCAUGAGCUUUGAUGACACCCCCCUGGGGGCUGCCUCCCUGGCCCAGGUCCACAAGGCAGUGCUGCAUGAUGGGCGGACAGUGGCUGUGAAGGUCCAGCAUCCAAAGGUACAGGCUCAGAGCUCGAAGGACAUUCUCCUGAUGGAGGUGCUCGUCCUGGCUGUGAAGCAGCUGUUUCCAGAGUUUGAAUUCAUGUGGCUGGUGGACGAGGCCAAGAAGAACCUGCCUUUGGAGCUGGAUUUCCUCAACGAAGGGAGGAAUGCUGAGAGAGUGGCCCAAAUGCUCAAGCACAUUGACUUCUUAAAGGUCCCCCGCAUUUACUGGGAGCUGUCCACCAAGCGGGUCCUUCUGAUGGAGUUUGUGGAUGGCGGCCAGGUCAACGACAGAGACUACAUGGAGAAGAACAAGAUUGAUGUCAACGAGGUGAGGUUGAGCUCUCAUGGCUGCAGUGCGAGGGACACGGGCUUUGUCGGGGCUGCCCACCGAGGGCAGAUUUCACGCCACCUGGGAAAAAUAUACAGCGAGAUGAUCUUUGUCAAUGGUUUUGUGCACUGCGACCCCCACCCUGGCAACGUGCUGGUGCGGAAGCACCCGGGCACAGGAAGGGCAGAGAUUGUCCUGUUGGACCACGGGCUCUACCAGGUGCUUACGGAGGAGUUUCGGCUGGAUUACUGCCACCUCUGGCAGUCGCUGAUUUGGACUGACAUGGAGAGAGUGAAGAAGUACAGCCAGCGCCUGGGAGCCGGGGACCUCUACCCCUUGUUUGCCUGUAUGCUGACGGCCCGGUCUUGGGACUCGGUCAACAGGGGCAUCAGCCAAGCUCCGGUCACCGCCACUGAGGACCCAUCUCCGCAGGAUCGGCUAAGCGGCAAGGCCAAUGUUCUUUUCCCUGCACGUGUGGCCCUGACUCGGAAGUGUUGCCAGAAGGCUCACUUGGGAUAUCAGAUCUUUUUAGAUGCCUCAGUGCCCUUGGAAUAUUGGCACAAGAAGAAGAGUACCUGUUCGUCCUUCAGAAGGGCCCAGAUCUCUUUCAGCGAGGCCUUCAACUUAUGGCAGAUCAACCUUCAUGAACUCAUUCUGCGUGUGAAGGGGUUGAAGCUGGCCAGCUGGAUCUUGGCCUUUCUUUGCUGGCUGUUGCCCACUCCAUACUGA